UGGUGUUUAUUGGAGACCCCGUUUCUAAUUUGGUAUGUGGGUUGAGUCCUAUGAAUAGUCCUUCAGAAUAGCGGAUCGGGUAAAUAGUGGCUGAUUGAGAUAAUGUAGUUCUUUAGUGCGUUUAUAACUGUAAUGCAAUAUGAACUGCUGACAUUAGUGCAGAAGGAGCUGAUUGACUGAUAUUCAUCAUGAAGAUUUUUUUUUUGUAAUUUUUUUUAUUUGGGUGCCUUGGUUGUUGGCAGUGUCUCUGAAGCCGGAAGUUUUUGAAGGGAUGCAUCUAAAGCCCUAACUUUACUCUCACCUGGCCCAAAACCUGGUCAAUGAAAGUUAAAUUCUUGACGAGUCGGGCUCAAAUUGGGCUUAAAAUCUGUCCCAACCCCCUCUAUUUUUGGGCCGGGCUCAAGGUGAUCCAGUCUAAUAUGAAAAUGCAGUAAGCACUUUAGCAAUUAGCAGUUACUAACUGUUAAUCAUUUUGUCCUGAUCCUGUUUCAGAGUGAGCUAAUUGAUCCAGCAGUAAAAGGAACACUGAAUGUCCUUACAUCCUGCGCCAGAAUCCCAACCAUCAAACGCAUAGUUUUCACAUCAUCAAUGGCUGCAGUUCUGCUCACUGGUAGACCUCUAACUGCUGAAACUGUAGUUGAUGAAACAUGGUUUUCUGUCCCAGAAAUCUGCGAGAAUCAACAAAUGAAGUGGUAUCUUUUGUCAAAGACAUUGGCUGAAGAAGCUGCGUGGGAUUUUGUUAAAGAACAUGGGCUUGAUAUGGUGUCGAUAAACCCUGCAAUUGUUAUAGGCCCUUUGCUGCAGCCAACAAUCAAUACCAGUUCUUUUGCUGUUUUAAGCUUGGUUAAUGUCACCGUUGGUUUUUUCCAAGGGAGUGAAAAAGGUGGACAUGCUGACAGAUGACUUGGUCUAUACUACGAGGAAUGCGCCUUAUGCUAGUGAGGAAAUUGAUGUGGUUCGUGUGCAAUGGGCUAAGUUUUUUACCAGCAAGUAUUUAUUAUUGGCCUGAGCGCGUUUGAUCGAGUUGGCUUAGAUGUUAUAGAACAAUAUUUUAUAUUAAAAUUUAUGCGUACAUUGAAAUUGGAACGUACAUAUAUUUAAAUGUACUACAUGCACUUUGU